AUGUCCCCAACAUUUGUCGAUUCUUCGUUCUUCAAAAACCCGGUCAAUAGUUUUGUAUUUCCCUCCAAACAGGGCACCUAUGAAUCGAGCGAUCACACCAAGGGGGUAGAAGAGGAUUUUAGCGAUUUUUUUGCUUUGCAUCCGAUAAAUCGACAGGUCGUUUAUAUCCAUGAGCCCUCGGUUGCCCUCCACCAUUAUGGGCCUGGACAUCCCAUGAAGCCGUACCGCCUUGCGCUAACGCAUGAUUUGGUGAUUUCCUAUGGUUUGCAUGAGCGUAUGCGGGUCUACCGUGGAUACAAAGCAUCUGCCCAGCAACUUUCGAGGUUCCACUCCGAGGAUUAUGUGUCAUUUUUACGCAGGAUUACCCCAGACACUGUGCGUGCAGAGGUGCAAAGAUGGGGGGCUCGCUACAAUAUCGGCGAUGAUGAAUGUCCUGUUUUUGAUGGGCUUUUUGAUUUCUGUGCCAUCUCAAGCGGAUCUUCUAUGCUUGCUGCACGGCACUUGGCCAGAGAAAACGCCUCCAUAGCCAUAAAUUGGUCUGGUGGUCUGCACCAUGCAAAAAGGGGAGAAGCAUCUGGAUUUUGUUACAUCAACGACAUUGUCCUUGCAAUCUUAGAGCUAUUGAAGGAUUUCCCUCGUGUUUUGUAUAUUGACAUUGAUGUCCAUCAUGGGGAUGGCGUUCAAGAGGCAUUUUACGUGUCCGAUCGAGUGAUGACGCUUUCAUUUCACAAAUAUGGCGAUUCUUUUUUCCCAAAUACCGGGUCGUUCGAUGAAAUUGGUGCUCGCAGGGGCAAGAAUUUUUCGCUCAAUGUUCCUCUGGGAGACGGAAUAGACGAUGCAUCGUUUGCUUACAUCUUUGAGCCUAUUGUUAGAGAAACAAUCGAAACAUUUUCGCCAUCUGUUAUUGUCCUUCAAUGCGGCGCCGAUUCUCUUGGGGGAGACAGGCUCGGAUGCUUCAACCUGAGUAUAUCUGGCCACGGGGCGUGUGUUACCUUUGUCAAGUCUUUUAACAUCCCACUGCUUGUACUCGGAGGUGGCGGCUAUACUAUCAAAAAUGUCUCUCGUUGCUGGGCAUACGAAACGGGGCUACUUGUCGAUACCAUUAUUCACCACGAAAUUCCUCAAUCAACAAUACACCGCCAGUACUUUUCGCCUGAAUAUUCUUUGUACCCCACGGUGUCAGCUACUAUUGCAAAUACGAAUACAAGGGAAUAUCUAGACUCGAUCGUUGCCAUUGUAAAGGAACAGCUUCGCUCAAUUCAGGGAGCCCCUUCUGUUCAAAUGCAAGAGAUCCCCUUUGAUGGAAAUUCGAUUUCAUCCUCUGAGGAUGAGGACGAAUAUGAAGAUACAGAUAAACAUGAGUACUAA